AUGUCGUACACCGAAGUUGUUCUAGCCACUGGUGCUAUUCGCACCAUUGACUAUUUCGGACUACUAACUAUUUCGGCAUCCGUUUACAAUCUUUACUUUCACAAGCUCGCCAGCUUUCCUGGCCCAUUUCUCGGGAGGUCGGGACUCAUCUGGCGCAUCUACCAGUCCCAACGAGGCACCUUGCAUCUCGCGAUCCAAGACCUCCACCGCCAGUAUGGCCCCGUCGUGCGAAUCUCUCCCAACGAGCUUUACUUCUCCUCGGUCGAGUCCUGGAAAGCCAUCUACGGCCACCGCACAAACACGCCCACCCCCAUCAAAAGCGAAUUCUAUGAUAUCUACGGGGCUGGCUUUGGCUCUCGGUGUAUUGGCAGCGAGCGGGAUCCCCUCAAGCACGGCCAGAUGCGCAAGAUGCUGUCUGCCGCUUUUGCCACAAAGUCUCUAGUGGACCAGGAGCACAUCAUUUCUGGUGUGGUUGAUGAAUUUGUCGAGCGUAUGGGUAGUCACGGCACCAGUUCUGAGGGUCUCAAUAUGACCAUGUGGUAUGAAAUGGUUUCAUUUGAUGUCUUGGGCAAACCUCAUUUCUGGUGCGAAAUCAUUGUCAAUCAUCUGUACUUUAUCACCCUCAUUGACAACCUUCGCCGUCUGCCCUUUGUUGCGACUCUGGCAAGGCUGUUCUUCCCAUCUACGCUGGCGAUGCAAAACAAGAACUCGCAGUUCAGCCGCCAGAAGGUUGCCGAACGCUUGGAGAAGAAGUCAACUCGGAAAGACUUUGUCUCCAUCAUUGUCAAAAACUUCCACGAAGGCAACAUCUGCCGUGAAGAAAUGACGGCGCACGUGUCGACUCUGACCAUUGCUGGGGGCGAGACGACAAGUACAUUCCUGGCCGCCACCACGUAUUACCUCCUCAAGUCCCCUGCCUGCCUCCAGCGACUGCAGGCCGAAGUUGUCAGCCACUUUGCCUCUUACGAGGACAUCAGCGCCACAGCAGCUCGCCAGCUUCCUUACUUACAGGCUGUCAUCAGCGAAGGUCUCAGAAUCUACGCGCCCGGCUCUAGUGGCUUUCCGCGAACCUCGCCCGGUAUGUUUGUUGGCAAAUACUGGGUUCCGCAAGGCGCUGAAAUCGCGACGCAUGCGUGGACAUUGACCCAUAGCGAGGAAAACUUUGCUGAGCCGGACACAUUCCGACCCGAGCGCUGGAUUGAUGCCGAGUGUAAAGACGUCAAGGAAGCAAGCCAGCCGUUUUCGCUAGGCCCGCGAGGCUGUCUAGGACAAAACUUCGCUUACAUGGAGAUGAAUUUGAUCCUCGCAAAGCUCCUGUGGAAAUACGACAUGGAACUGGUGGACAAGAAGCUCGACUGGGCGGGACAGAGCCAGCUACACGUCAUGUGGCGGAAGCCAAAAUUGAUGGUCCGCUUCAAACCGCGAGGCGUGGCGUACGAAUCUGGCAAGGGAUAUGUUUCGUGA